CACCUGGUUAAAAAGUAGGGCUCCCUGUCUUCAACAAACAGGCGUGACUUAAACUGCAGGUCCGGACUCCAUCGAGGCUGGUGGAUGAGUCAAAAGGAUGACAUGAGAUUUGAUGCAGAGCAACUUGCGGCCACAAGAGGGAGACAAACUCCACCUUCUCAUCAGGUCUACAUUGGCACAGGGACCAAUCAUAGACUGUAAAUAUUAAGAUUCCUGUUUGGAAAGGAAUCGUGACACACACACACACACACACACACACACACACACACACACACAGAGAGACACACAGACAUAUCUAAAACGUUGUCAUCCCAUUGGCUGCCACUGAUGAAUGGAUGAGUUGUUGACCAAUCAGGAGCAUGUGACCAGUAAAUAUGUAGACUGCCCGACAUCAGCUGGACUCACUCUGACUGUCCUUCUGUCACACACACACACACAAGGACACACACACACAAGGACACACACACAUUCUGUGCCACACAGUUUUUAACAGAGGUUUCUCACAGAAACUCACACACACACACACACACACACGUCUCUCUGCUUUAUAUACAACAUCACAUCGGUCGCCAAUCAUCCGUCCAUCAUGCACAGCAAAGAACAGAUCAGUCACGAUGAAUACCAGAAGACAGCUGAUUGGUUGAUGUCUCAGACGAGGCACCGCCCCCAGGUGGCGAUCAUCUGCGGGUCCGGACUGGGCAUGCUCGCUGACACCCUCAAGUGUCAGGACACCUUCGCUUAUGCUGACAUCCCGGGCUUCCCACAGAGCACAGUUCAGGGUCAUGCAGGUCGGCUGGUUUUCGGGGAGCUGAAGGGGAAGUCGUGUGUUUGCAUGCAGGGUCGCUUCCACAUGUAUGAAGGACACUCACUGCUCAAGACAACGUUUCCAGUUCGGGUCUUCAAGCUGUUGGGAGUGGAGACUCUGAUUGUGACGAAUGCAGCUGGCUCAUUGGCUGACGGCCUCAAGCCUGGUGACAUCAUGAUCAUCAAGGACCACGUUAACUUCCCGGGAUUGGUCGGUCUGAAUCCACUGAGCGGACCCAACGACGACAAGUUUGGGCCUCGUUUCCCAGCCAUGUCUGGUUGCUAUGACAAAGGUCUGAGAUGCCAAGCGAUGGAAAUCGCCAAAGAACUGGGCGUGGCCGGACUCAUGCAGGAGGGCGUGUACGCCAUGGUGGGCGGACCGAACUUUGAAUCCAUUGCAGAGGCCCGACUGCUGCAUCGACUGGGGGUGGACGCUGUCGGUAUGAGUACAGCUCCUGAGGUUGUGGUGGCAACUCACUGUGGUCUGAGAGUCUUCGGUCUCUCUCUGAUCACCAACAAGGUGGUAAAGUGCUAUGAGGACACAGACAGCGUGAACCAUGAGGGCGUCCUGGAAGUCGGCCGACUGCGCUCAAAGACUGUACAGCAGCUGGUGACUGAAUUGAUCAGCAGGAUGGAGAUCAACAACAACAACACAACUAAUGCUGUCUAAACACACGCACAUAAACACUCUGUAUAUAACUGACUGUUGUAUUACUGCAUUUUUAAGAGCUUUUUAAAAACAUCUUUCAUGUCAUUUUGUCAUGGCUGUAAUUUAAAAACCUUAUUUAUACCAAAAAGUUUGCUAAUAAUUUUCUAUCAGGGUAGUUGAGUGUAAGUAUUCAUUUAUGAUAUUUUAUGAGUCAUACAGAUUAAUAUAAUGUUGACCUUUGUGUUUUUAAGGUGCUAUAAUAUAAAAUGUG